CGCCAUCUAGGAUAAUGACAUCCGGGCCCCACCUCGGCCAAGUUUAUCAGAAAUCCCACGUGGCCAAGAACAGCCGCCGCAUCCACCAAUCCUGCCCGAUCCCGUCUGGCCCCAUCACAUCACCAGAGCCCCAGACGAAACCCCGAGAGAGAUCGAUCCAGGCCGGAGUAACGCGGCGGCGACUGGACUCCUCUCGGCGGCGAGACAACCAGCCACUGAUUGGUUCAAUCUUUUUGUCGGAGCCGAUUGUCCGGACGGGCGAAAAGGGGAUCGGCCGGCGGAGCGAUAAUCUAGAUUAUCCGUCAGUCAGCCAGAAAAGGCUCCGGCUUUAAUUAGCGGCGGCGGCGGACGGCGGCGAUGGACCCGCAGGUGGCGGUGCAGGGCGGCGACUGGGUGUCGGCGGUGACGCCGCUGCUGAAGCUGCUGUGCCUGACGGUGAUCGGGCUCCUCCUCGCGCACCCGCGGGCGCAGGUGGUGCCCAAGGCCACCUUCAAGCUGCUCAGCAAGCUCGUCUUCGCGCUCUUCCUGCCCUGCCUCAUCUUCGUGCACCUCGGCCAGUCGGUCACGCUCCACAACGUGCUCCACUGGUGGUUCAUCCCCGUCAACGUCCUCAUCGCCACCGCCGUCGGCUGCGCGCUCGGCUACGCCGUCGCCCUCGUCUGCCGCCCGCCGCCGCAGUUCUUCCGCUUCACCGUCAUCAUGACGGGCUUCGGCAACACGGGCAACCUCCCCAUCGCCAUCAUCGGCUCCGUCUGCCACACCGCCGACCACCCCUUCGGCCCCGGCUGCCACCGCGAGGGCAUCGCCUACGUCUCCUUCGCGCAGUGGGUCGCCGUCCUCCUCGUAUACACCCUCGUCUACCACAUGAUGGAGCCCCCCAUGCAGUACUACGAGAUCGUCGGCGAGGGCAACGAGAUCGAGGAGGAGCCGCAGCUCAGCAACUUCAGCCGCCCCCUGCUCCAGGAGGCCGAGUGGCCCGGGAUGGCCGACAAGGAGACGGAGCACUCCAAGACGCCAUUCAUCGCCAGGAUCUUCGCCAGCAUCUCGGGCUCCUCGCAGAACACCUUCCCCGACAUCGAUUUCUCCGAGGAGGGGGGGGUCUCCGGCGCCGGGCCUAGCAGCCCGAAGUCGCUCCGGUGCUUGGCGGAGCCCAAAGUGGUCAGGAGGAUGAGGGUUGUCGCCGAGAAGACUCCGAUUCAGCAUGUCCUUCAGCCGCCGACCAUCGCCUCCUUGCUCGCCAUCAUCAUCGGCAUGGUCCCCGUGCUCAAGGCCUUCGUGUUUGGGGCUGAUGCGCCGCUCUCGUUCUUCACCGACAGUCUGGAGAUCCUGGCUGCUGCCGUGGUUCCCUCGGUGAUGUUGAUUCUUGGAGGCAUGCUCGCAGAAGGCCCAAAUGACAACGCACUGGGUAUGCGGACUAUCGUCGGUAUAACCGUCGCAAGGCUCCUGAUACUCCCCUGCAUCGGCAUCGGCAUCGUGAUGCUAGCAGACAGGUUGCAUCUGCUCGUCGAGAACGACCACAUGUACCGGUUUGUGCUCUCACUGCAAUACUCCACCCCCAGUGCCAUCCUGCUUGGAGCAAUCGCGAGCCUGAGGGGUUACAGCGUUAAGGAAGCAUCCGCGCUCCUCUUUUGGCAGCACAUCUGUGCGGUGUUCUCUCUUUCCAUCUACCUGGUCGUAUAUUUCAAGCUGUUGUCGUACAUCUGAAAGAUGAUUGCCGGCCUCGCAAAACCGGGUUAUAGCAGUCAUCAUGGGAGGUGAUUCCCAAGAAAAGGAGUGCUUGAAUGGAUUCUCAGCCAUGCCUCCUUCUUGUUAAGAAGUGUAUUCAUAAUUUGCUAGUGGUUUGUAAUUUCUGUUACAUUGUAUUAUUCGAGAACAGGAGAUACUUUUUUGUCGUUAAUUAUUGUCGAUAUAUUAUUGCUGGUGUA